UUAAAGCAUCAUACUUUCCUAUCUAACAUUUUCAAAAUUACGUAAACAACUUUUGUCACUUUCUAUACCAUGUAAAUUCCAGUUAGGAAAGGUUUUUGCAAAUACGAUUUUGCAUUAGGUCUGCAUAGACCAAAAUAAACGAAAUAUUUUUGGAACCCACGUAGCCCAAUAUUAUUAAAGCUGUUCUCAAAUUGGUUAGAUUGUAUUGUCCGUGUUCAUUGUCGUUUUGUUUUAUGAAUGGAUAUCACUAGAAAUUCUGUUCUGCUGCCCGAUGAGCUCUUUUUGGCCUUAAGUCGGUUUCUGGGAUACCAAAAGGACCUGAAUUCAGCGGCGACAACCCAAAAUCCUUGUCAGAAUAACUUAAGGAGGACUUAUCCCAUAAGCGACGACGACAGCUACGAUCCCUGUCCCACAGUCAGUCGGUUCUCAAUGCGACGUAAUACCUUUGAACCGGCGCAAGAUCCCCUGUAUCGAUCCACCUUCAAUGGCAGCAGACAGAAUGAACCAAUGAUACAAAAAGUGCUUCCAGCCUGUAGUAACAAAGACGACGAAUAUCAAUGUUGCAACUUGCCGGAGUGUCCAAAUAAUAGUCCACCAAUUCAGACUUUGCCACAGCAGCUAAUCCCUCUCGAUUCAUUAAUUCCCUUUCAAUCUCUGGUCAACCAAUCACACCAUCCCCGACAUAAUGUCUCACGAUCCCACAGCGUCCCCAGACAUCAUGAUAGGAAUAAUACAUCUCAUAAGUUUGAUUACCAUAACUCCAAUCACGUCGAUCCAGAAAAAGGCACACAUCAUACCAAACCACAUAAUGUUCGUACACCCUGCGAACUAAAUGCACCAGGUGGAAACAGGGACUUCAACCAUAGCGAUAGAUAUGACCGAAAUCACAGUUCAAGAAAUAGCACCUCAUACGAUUGGAACGAUACAUCCCAAAUUGGCAUGAACUACGGCGAGUUUCAAAGACGACAAAUGCUGUUGCAUCAAAUUCAGCAACAGCAAUAUCAGCAGCAGCAAUCACGACAGCACAAUCAGUCCAAUAUAUCAUGGUUGGAAAGUGACGAGCCCAUUGUAUUUCAACCAGAUCUCAAUAGCACUAGAAUAAACCAAGAUGAUUGUCAUCAGCAAUCGGUAAAAAAUUGCCCCCAACCAGGACCCCGUCACCAACCAAAGGCUUCUUGCCAAAUGUGCAGCACAAGCUGCAGGCCACAAAGCACGGUAACUUCAAUGUACGAAUGCGGGCAAACUCCCGAAAUGCUACGCAGACAAACACUGUGCGAAUCGCCACAACUGCAAGAACGACAAAUGCAGUAUGAAACGGAACUCAAUAAAACAAGCUACCUGCAACCACCAGAGUCUCUGAGAAAUGCGAGAUGUAGACCCCAACCAAACCAAAGUCUUGCUCAAAAUCAGUGUCUAAACGAUGUAUCUUUUAAUCGAACGCCGCUAUGCCAGGAUUCCAUAGAUAACGAUCAAAACUCUCGAUCCAAAAAUAAUCCCAGUUGCUGUGGCCAAGGAUCUACAGCGUGUGAAAAAAGUACGGAGAAUAACCAAAGUUUUGGCUGUUGUGGAAAUAAGUCUGCCUCAAGAAAUCAAACCUAUUUGGACAUGUCCCACGCAAUGUUGGGUAGAUCGUGCUUGAAUCAAACUUCAUUGGAUAAAACCCAUCAAAACUCUUCUCUGAGAGGACGUUCAUUGCGAGUGCCUAUUCAAACACCUGAGGAUCGUCUGGCUGAGCGCAUUCAAAAUGAGUUCCAUGAGACCUUGGUAAAGGAUCGCUUUUGUCCGGGCAUCAUACAAGCCAGUCUCGAUGGACGUGAGAACUUCAACGAGUAUGCCCGAGAGAUCGCCUUUGCAGGACCCGUUCCGGCAAAACCUGUUCCGGUGGAUCCCAUCACCAUGAUAGAAGCCAUUAAGUUGCGCAUCGACUACGAACGCAAAGAGAUCCGAAAAGAAAAAGAUAGUGCUGGGCAGCAAGAUAGGGAUUUAAAAAACCAGACAAGGGAUGGAAAGUCAAGACGUUCCCGACCAAUAACCAAUGAAGAUAUUGAAAAUCACUUUGAUAAUAAGAAUAAUUCAGAAGUCAAUGAGGGCGUGGCCGCCUUUUUGAAGGCCGAGACUGAAUAUCGGAAUACCAAUUUGGGAUCAGAUUCCGCCUUUGAUGCCCAUAUCAAUGGCAUUGAUAGUAAUCUAUUUGAUGACAAAAUUAAAAUCAGUUCCUACACAGCAUCUACAACGCCAGUUUUUCGGUAAUUUAAUCUGGAUUGCUAAUCGAACACAUUUAUUGAACAUUCAUAUUUUUAAUAA